AUGAAGGCUGCUACACUGCUCGCCGCCCUCGCGGUUUCGGUCGACGGCGCUGUGCUCUGGGACGGGCGCUUCAAUGAGUUUACCUCGUCGGCCGACCUCAACAAGUGGUCGUGGGCGAAUCAGGUCGGCCCCUACCAGUACUACAUCCACGGCUCGGGCUCGGUCGAGAGGUACAUCAACCUGUCGCCCGACUACAAGAAUCCGGCCGACAGCGUGUCCAAGCAGGGCGCCAGGUUCACGCUCGACAGCACGGCCUACUGGAACGGGCAGAACAUGCGGCGCAUCGAGCUCAUCCCGCAGACCAAGGCCGCCAUCAACCGCGGCAAGGUGUUUUACCACUUCAGCAUGAUGCGCCGGGACACCAACCCGCCCAGCGUCAACCGCGAGCACCAGAUUUGCUUCUUUGAGAGCCACUUCACAGAGAUGAAGUACGGCUGGAUCAGCGGCGAGCAGGGGGCCGGCAAUCCCAACCUGCAGUGGAUGACCAACCAGCAGAGCCGCUGGAAGACGGAGUGGAAGGCCGGCGUGUGGCACAAUAUUGCCUAUGAGAUUGACUUCUCGGCCAAUAAGGCCGGAUUCUGGCAUUCGGAGGGCGCCGAGCCCCUGAAGCAGGUCGUCGCUCCCGUCUCGGUGUCGACGUCGUCCAACGGCGCGGACUGGCAUUUGGGUGUCCUGGAGCUGCCGCGGUCGGGGUACCCGGACACCAACGAGGACUUUUAUUUCUCGGGUGUCUACAUUGAAAACGGCACCAUUACCACCACGAUUGGCGGGCCUGGUAAGUUCUUGACGCUUUGUUUCUCACGUCCCAUGUCAAACUCGCUAAUGCGCCGUCUAGCGUAG